CAUCGAGUACUGUGAACAUCAGAAAUAACUUUUUAAACGUGUACAGCUUCUUUGCUCAGUGAUAGAAGAACGAUUGUUUCCUUUGGAUAUCAAACGAACAGUCAAAAGAAUUUAACAGUAGUUGUAAUACAGGUGGAGAUUCCUUACCACGUGAUACCUUUGUCAAGGGGGAACACCUUUUUGACGUCAUUUUUAGACACGCCUCAUUUUUGAGACAACAAUAAGCUGUGCGGAAGUGUCACGCUUUCACAAUCGAUUUAACAAAAUUUCCUCGACUAUUUAUUGAAAUAUUGAAACAUUGUUCGCGGUAAUAUUUCAUGGAAGACCUCCCUAACUUACACAGCAUAUGGCGAUCGAAGUUUCCAAACGACACGCCUCCUGGUUUCCUCUUUUGUCGUCAGAGUAAAUCUUUUUCUAACAAUAUCGGGUCAUUAUCGUUAUCAAAAUGCGAGACAGACCACGAAACAACUAAUUUCAGUUUAGAUUAUUUAAAAGAUUUACUUGAAAAGACCGAGGAUAAAAUUUUAGGUUUGGAAAAAUCGUUAGAUCAAGAAGUGUUUAUAAAACAGUGCCUUGAAAAAAUCAUAAAUAAUUUAGGCAAAAGUGAAUGCGGAUCAAAACUUAUUGGAAAGAGACCUGAUCUGUUGCUGAAUAAUACGUUUACGGACCGGAAUAUAGUCAAAGUUAAGUCUUCGAGUUUGAAACCCAAGUCAAGGAAAUCUGUGCUUUCUGAUGCCAGAAGAAGUCUUAGCUGUCUAAAUACUUCACUUGAUGAUUUGGAUGCGACACGAGUUUGGUUGCACUCAGGAGAAAACAACUCUUACCCCUUCAUUAAACCUGGUGUGAUAAAGACAAACAUUGAAAAUGAGUGUCCUGUUGUUCUUAAAAGAACACUGAGUGACAGUGCGCCAUUGUUUACAGAGCCCAGUGAGUUUAAUCAGUCCACUGUUAUUUUUAACGAAUCGGUCAAUAUGUCAAAGGUAAAUGAAGGUUAUGUUGAGAAGGAUAUCAUAGUAGCCAAGCUUGAUGUUCAACAAGAUAUCAAGAAAGCCCACAAGCCAGUACCCCUUCCCCGGAGAAAGAUACUAAAAGAUAAUCGAGUACUUGACAUCAGUAAUAUAAAACACAGUAUAGAAACACAGCCAACAUAUAACAGUAGUGAAGAAGAGAGCAACCUCUGUUUACAUACUAGCUCGGAUAAAGAAGAUACACAAAUCCAAACAAAUACAAAAAAUGGGCGGGACUUAUAUGUAUGUUCACCAAGCGGAACAUUAGAUAAUAGCUGUCCUAGUCAAAAUUCAUAUUCACCUAUCAGUGCACUGGUAAUAAAGCCAAGAAUUGCCAGUAAUUAUGAUAAUGUGGAAUUAACGACCAGCAAGGAUUAUCCAUUUAAGCCAAUCUUAUCAACACAGAAUGAAAGUAGUGAACCUAAGGUAAAAGGUGUUAAAGACUUGUGUGCUUCUAGUAUUGUAAGAAGUUUUCAGAUAAGUAAUUCACUAGCAGAGAACACUGAUUCAGAUUUGGGUAUGAAGAAAUUUUACUCCUCAAGACGUGAACGUGUGGUGGACGGUAGUGUAGAUGUAGGACAGAGUAAAAACAUGACCGGAACAUAUCGGAAAAUCCAGGAAACAGACAAUUUCAGGGGUUCAACUGAAAGUAUUGACAGUAAAAACUAUUCUAAUAGUGACACAGAAAGUGUAAACAAAAGAUUAACGCCAAGUUUAGAUAUUAAUUAUCCUCUAUGUAAUAGUAAACGUCUGUCAAAUGGUAGUAAUAAAUCAAAUACAAAUUCAGGUACAUUUGAAUUUGAUGUUUCGAAACUAAUUGUUCGACCUGUUAAUCCACCUUUAGACAAACCAAAACGAAGGAAAGAGAAACAGGCAAAUUAUGAGAAUUGGACUAUUAAUGCCGUGGUUACACAGACAAGUGAUUCAGCUAGUGAGGAGGAUGAUGAUGAUGUGUACCAAAACAUGCCAUUUUUUCAAAAGCCAUCUCACGGUAGCAAAGAUUCAGGAUUAUGUGAUGAUUUAUCCAAUAAUGAAACCCAAGUAGUGGAUGAUAAUAAUACUAGUUUUAGUCAUGAUGUUUUUAAAAAUAUAAAAGAGAUAGAUUUAUUGAAUAAAUGUUCAGGUAAUAAUGUUGAUAAAGAUGAUGAUGAUGACGAUGAUGAUGAUGAUGAUGAGGAUUACAGUAAUGGGGAUGUAGUAGUUAAAAGUGAUAAUUCUACUGAUUCAACAGAUAGUGAUAAUAAUAAAAGUGAAGACAAUAUAUCUAUCGCAUCAGACAUUGUUUUCAUCUCCACACCAGCAGAAAAGCCUCUGUCGCCAUAUGAGAAUUGGAGUAUUCAGACAGAUAAUGUAGAUGAUGAGCCAUCGAAGAAAAAGUUAUCUCCAGCCAUGGAGAGAGUAGCUUUUGGAAAUACUCCUAACUAUAGCAGUGGAGAAGAAGAAAUAGCGAGUAAUGAUUCUUUUGAUGAGACUGAUAAUUUACCCUUGUCACCACAUAAUGAACAGUUAAAGAUGAGACAGUUAAUAUUACAAGGUAUAUUAGAGAGUGAAAGGGGAUAUUUGGACAAUCUAGAUGUUCUUGUCAAGUAUAAAUCAAGUCUUGAAGCUGCAGCAAAGACAUCACAGCCUGUUAUUAGUAAAGAAGACAUUGAUGCCAUAUUCUUUAAUAUUGAAAAACUUCAUGAAACACAUCAGGAAUUUGUCUCGGAGUUGUCCGUAAGAAUACAAGAACCAGUUGAAACCCAAUUAGUAGCAGGAAUAUUUAAAGUCUUGAUUAUGAAGUUUCCUGAAUUUGAUAAAUACAUGGCAAACUAUCAGAAUGCCGUGGCAACUAUACAUAGAUGUUGUCAGGAGAGCCAAACAUUUCAAGAUUUAGUAAAGGAAGUAGGGAUACAUGGACAGAAGAAAUUUACCUUAGAAGAUAUGUUGUUUAAACCUGUUAAUAGAAUUCAAAGAAAUUCUUUAGUAUUACAUGAUAUAAAGAAGUUUACACCUACAGAUCAUCCUGAUUAUGUACAAGUGGAGAAAGCUUUAUCAUUAUCACAAUAUAAUCUAGGUUCAUUAGAUAAUGUAUCAGGACAUACAGAAAAGAAUGAAGAAAGAAGAAAUCUGGUAAAAACAAGUUUUAUUGUAGAAUUAGAUAAUACAUCACGUAAAUUACGCUGUAUGUUUUUAUUUAGUGAUCUAUUAAUAUGUACCAAGAGAGAAAGUCACAGAGGGAAGAUAUCAUUUCAUGUGAAAUGGUUUAUGCCACUAGCCUCCCUUAGCUGUGAUACAAGAUUUGAAUAUAAAGAUGAACAGAAAUUUUCUAAUAAAGAGAAUAUUGAUGAUUUAAAAUUAAAGAUAGGAAAGAUGAAAUCUGAUCUACGGGAAGAGUUAAAGAAAGAAUCAGAUUCUAAUAAACACUGGUCUAUAAGUGGAAUGGCAGCUGCUAGAAAUGUGGAGAAAUUAAAGAAAAAAAUACAAGAAUCUGAAGGACAGAUGAUUCUCUCUUGUCCCAAACUGCCAUUCAAAUUAACAAUGGAAAAAGGACAAGCCAGGACAUUGUUAAUGACAACAGAUUAUGAAAGAGAAGAGUGGAGAGAAACAAUUUUGUCUCUGUGCAAAAAAUGUACAGGUACAAAGAAUAUCAACUUUACACCAGUUCAAGCUCAGGAACUUAUUGACAGUGUUAAAGAACUACCUCAAGUAAAUCGUAUUGGUACAGUCAUAAUGCAAAAAGAUGAAGAAGUAUUAGAUGGUACACUAAAUGUUACCAUCCAUAAACUAAUUGGUUUAAAUAGUCCAGCAGAUACAUAUUGUUGUCUAGAAAUGGAUUCUUUUGGUCAUUUUUUCAUGAAAGCUAAAACCAACAUUUCAUCUUCUACCGCUGAUCCAUCAUGGAAUGAAGAUUUUGAAUUAGAAUUAGAUGGAUCUCAAACAUUACGAAUUCUGUGUUAUCAAAAAGGAGAAGAAAAAUCAGGCGACACACUUCUAGGUAGAGGUGCUUUCGAGUUAGGUAAAGAUUGGUUGAAAAGUUAUUUCCAGGAGAAAACUGUCUCUAUGAAUGAGGUAUCACUAGUAAUAUCAGUGAAACAUACAGCAGCUGAUAAAACAAUGAGACGAACACCAUCUAAACAUAAAUUAGCUGUGUUUGGUGUAAAAAUAUCUACCUGUACUAGACGUGAGAGUAAAACUGUUCCUACUAUAGUUAAAGCUUGUGUAUCAGAAGUAGAAAAACGAGGUUUAGAAGAAAUAGGAUUAUAUCGUGUUUCAGGUGUAACUUCAGAGGUUCAGAAAUUAAAGAAAAUCUUUGAUAAAAAUAUUAAAGCAGGGAUGAACAGUGUAGCAGAUGCUGAUAUUCAUGCUGUGACUGGUUUACUUAAAUUAUACUUUAGAGAAUUACCAGAACCAUUAUUUACUGAGAGUAAAUAUCCUGUAUUUAAAGAAACUAUUAGAUUAUCUGAUGAAGAAGCUAAAGAGAAAUGUAUGUUAAGUCUGCUACAUAAUUUACCUGAUGCUAAUUAUUAUACUAUAGUACAUCUUAUUGACCAUCUUGUCGGUGUUGCCAAACUUGAACAUACUAACAAAAUGAGUCUUUAUAAUCUUUCCACCAUAUUUGGACCAACAUUGAUGGCCCCAGCAGUGAAAGAGAACUCUAUGAAUCCUAUAGAGAUGAUGAACAAAGGUGCUGAGGAAGUGAUGCAUCAGUCCCAAAUUGUGGGCUUUUAUUUAAAAUUAGCAGCCAGUGGGAAAAAUCUGUGGCGAUCAGCACAAUGCUAAAUAACCUUAUUUUCCGUGUAAUUACUGCUAGAUGUAAAAGACUGAAGCUAUUAUGUUGUGAACAUUCCAGAUUUUACUGUGGACAUGAGUCUUUUCCUCAAACUUCAAACCUAAUUUAAUAGGUAUGAGCGUGAAAGCCCAACUUUUUAAGACAAUUAUGUAGAAAAUGAGAUGAUAACAAGAGUCAGUAUACAAGGUGUGGCAUCAUGUAAUAAUGAUUAUGACUGUAACACUUGUUACUUAUUUAUUUUGUAAAUAUGAAUGUACAGAUGUGAUUGCAAUAUAAAGUAUAUUGUGAAAUUUUUAUUCACAAAUAUAUAUAUCAGUUUAUGUCAAAUCUAAAUUAUUGUAAAUAGAAAAAAAUCUUAUAUUUUAAUUUUAUUUGUAAAUAAUUAGUGCUAGUGCUUUAAAUAUGUAUUUUUAAUUAUUGCAUAUUGUGUUUGGAUUCACACCAAUAUUUCAUAAAAAAAAAUUCUACAUCUCAACAUUGGAUAAUAUAUAAUAUGAUGCUUAUUAAAUUUUGCAUUUAAUAAUUUUUAAGUGAAAGUAUAGUUUUAAUUUGUCACAUCAGUAUUUGAUACUUUUUUUCUUUUGAAAAUAUAGAAUAAUUAUUAUUUGUUGAUAGAUUAUUGAAGGUUAUUAGCAUUGACAGUAGGGCCUAUUAUCGAUUCCUCUCACCCUUUAACAUGACCUUAAUUCAAUAUUGCUCUAUGAAAUGUCAACUAAAGGUAGUUUGUUAUGAUGAAAGAAUCUUAGUUAAUGGGGAAGACCCACGAUUUUUAACAAGGUUUCCAAAAAUCUUAAAUAUAUAUUGAAACAUAAUCUCUGUAACACAAGCAAAAAAAAAAAAGUUUUUGUAAGCGAGAAAUUAAUUUUUUUAAAACCAGUCUCUAUAGUAGGCCCUAAGCAUACAGAUUUGGCAUAAGUUUGCUGCGGUAUUUGUUCACGCGUCAGGUAUUUGUUCACGCGUCAUCGUUUGGAUGAGAAUCUGAUCAAAGGGACUGUUUAUUUGGAUAUUAUAAUAUGGAAUUAUGUUUUUUUAACGUUUAAUUCAAAAGUCUGAUGCGUACAUUCACUCAUACUGAACAGUACAUUGUGGACCAAUUCACGCCACUCGGCUAAUUGUUUACAUCACGUGGUUUGUUUGACACCCGGUACGUGAGAGAUGUUUUGUCUGCUUGAAUGUUUUUGUGCGUGCUGGGUCUACUGACAGUAUUAGUAUUAAUUUCAACGGAUUUGUGGCACAUAUAUAUUCACAUAAAUAUAUAAAUUUCUAAAGUAUGUCAAGGUCAGACACCAACAUAUCAAAACAUAAGAUAUCUCUUCUAUGGGACUACAGUAAUGCCAUACAGAUUCGAAGAGGAAAUGGAAGAAAAAUAGGAACAUUUUUGCUUGUUUUAUAGAGAGGAUUAUAUAUGAAUAUAUAUUUAAGAUUUAUGGAAACCUUCUUGAAAAUCGUUGGUCUUCCCCUUUAAGUAGGUUGGGUCAUUUGAUAGAUUUUCGACUAUCACCUCUUUAAAACAAUGACCUUUAGGUCACUUGAAGACCCUAAACUGUUCAUUUUUUUUUUUUUUUUUUAGACCAAGACGGCUCUUAAUGGAAAUAAUAUUUGUACUGUUAAACUUUUUCGUUUUCAACGUUUUCAGUGGAUAUGUAUUCUUGUAUUUUUAUGUAAAUAUUAUAGAAACUAUGUCUCAUGCUGUUUGAUGUGUUGGUGGUGAUAUGAGCCAUUCCAUUAUCUUAUAAAUUAUAUCCUGCCCCAUUCCCAUUAAACAUUUCACAACAUUACUGGUUUCAGAAAGAAAGUAGAUUUUAUUUGAUUUAUAUUGCUAUCAUAUUUUUUUCCACAAAUAAGAUGUAUUUUUAAAAUGCUGUAAGUUAAUUCCGAUUGAAACCUAAUAAUUGUUCAAAGUACAGAUAUAGUUAAUUUCAGAGUUUUGUAAAUGAAAUAUUUGUAUAAUGUAUUGUUUGUAUUUGUAUAGAGCAUAUGUUUACAUACCUGUAUAUCAUUUUAAAAUAAAUUGUUAUUAUGUUAAA